AUCAUCUCCUUUGAAACAAACAAUAAUGGCAAAACAAGAUGGGACUAGCAGCAGCAACACGAUACUACCACUCGUAGGAUCUGAGUUUGUUCGUCCUCAACCGUUAGAUCUAACGAUAACCGGAGAUACAGUGAAGGACGCAACCGGGAACAAAGUGUUCAAAGUCAAAACGCCUCUCUUUGGUCUCCACAACAAAAGAAUUUUGGUUGAUCCUAAUGACUCUCCCAUUGUCACCAUGAAAAUGAAGGUGACUAGUAAGCACGAUCGAUGGCAAGUGUAUAGAGGAAGUGAUUUAGAUGAUAAGAUCUUCACAGUUAAAAGAUCUUCGACUGUUCAAUUGAAGACAAGAGUUGAAGUAUUCUUGAAACAUAACCAGACCAAAGAAUCGUCUUGUGAUUUCACAAUCAAAGGUCGCUUUAUGAAACGUGCUUGUACUAUCUAUGUUGGAGAUUCUACCAAAAUCAUCGCUCAGGUAUAUGAAGGAGAUGAGAGACUAGUGGCUACAAUUUAUCCUAAUGUCGAUUAUGCUUUCAUUGUCACACUUAUCUUUAUAUUUGACCUCAUCAAUAAUGGUGGGACUGCGAUCUGAUUAUUAGUUUGAGCAUAAUCUGAUUGUGGUCAAGUGUUGACUUUUUAUACCUUGUCUUAUUUGUAUGUGUGUGACUCAUGUGUGUGUUUUGCCAAUGUUUGUUACGUGAAAGCACCAUUGUUUUGAGGUGCUCCAUGUGAGAAAUAGCUGUUGCAAGAGUGUGUUAAAUCUUUCUGUGGACUCAAUUAAGGUCUUUUAUUUUA